UUACCAUAUUCAACUUCCUACAGCAAACUUUGAUUCAUUUCUGUUCACAUUUCUCGAAAUGGCUGAAGCUUUACUUGGAAUCGUGAUUGAAAACCUCGGAUCUUUUGUUCGAGAGGAGAUUGCAUCCUUUUUGGGUGUUGGAGAAUUGACCCAGAAGCUAAAUGAAAACCUCACCACAAUCCGUGCUGUACUAAAAGAUGCUGAAAAGAAGCAGAUAACAAGCGAUGUUGUGAAACAAUGGCUGCAGAAAUUGGGUGAUGCUGCUUAUGUACUUGAUGAUAUAUUGGAUGAAUGUUCAAUAACUUCAAAAGCACAUGAAGGCAACAAGUGCAUCACCCGUUUCCAUCCAAUGAAGAUUUUGGCUCAUCGCAACAUUGGAAAGAGGAUGAAGGAGGUUGCUAAAAGGAUUGACGAUAUUGCUAAAGAAAGGAUCGAGUAUGGAUUUCAACCGGUGGGAGUCACGGAGGAGCACCAACGAGGAGAUGAUGAACAGAUCCAAACUAUUUCUGCUAUCACCGAACCGAAAGUAUAUGGAAGAGACAAAGAUAAAGAGCAGAUUGUAGAGUUUCUUCUAAAUGCUAGUGACAGUGAAGAACUCUCUGUCUAUUCCAUUGUUGGUGUUGGCGGACAAGGAAAAACAACACUCGCUCAAGUGGUCUACAAUGAUGAAAGGGUAAAAACACAUUUUGACUUGAAAAUAUGGGUGUGUGUUUCGGAUGAUUUCAGUUUGAUGAAAAUUUUAGAGUCCAUCAUAGAAAACACCAUUGGAAAAAAUCUAGAUCUCUUGUCUUUAGAGUCAAGGCAAAAAAAGGUUCAAGAAAUUUUGCAAAGCAAAAGGUAUUUGCUUGUUCUUGAUGAUGUGUGGAGUGAUGACCAAGUGAAAUGGAAUAGCUUCAAGUCUUUGUUACCAAAUGGAAAGAAAGGUGCAUCAAUUUUAGUCACUACCAGACUUGACAUUGUUGCAUCCAUCAUGGGAACUCAUGAUGCUCAUCCUUUAUCACGGUUAUCUGAUGAUGACAUCUGGUCUUUGUUCAAACAACAUGCUUUUGGAGCAAAGAGAGAAGGGCGUGCAGAGCUUGUGGAAAUAGGCCAAAAGUUAGUGAGAAAAUGUGUGGGUUCACCUCUUGCUGCUAAAGUAUUGGGAAGCCUUUUGCGCUUUAAAAGCGAUGAACAUCAAUGGAUUUCUGUGGUGGAAAGUGAGUUUUGGAAUUUAGACGAUGAGAACCCUGUCAUGUCUGCUUUGAGACUAAGCUACUAUAACUUGAAAUUGUCAUUGAGGCCAUGUUUUACUUUCUGUGUUGUUUUUCCUAAGGAUUUUGUAAUGGUGAAGGAAAGGCUCAUUCAUCUUUGGAUGGCUAAUGGAUUUGUUACAUCUAGAGGUAAUUUACAGAUGGAGCAUGUUGGUAAUGAGAUAUGGGAUGAAUUAUACCAAAGGUCAUUUUUUCAAGAAGUCAAAUCAGAUUUAGCAGGUAACAUUACAUUUAAAAUGCAUGAUUUAGUCCAUGAUUUAGCUAAGUCUGUUAUUGGAGAAGAAUGUGUGGCUUCUGAGCCUAAAAGCUUAACUAAUCUGUCAACUAGAGCUCACCAUAUAGGUUGCUUUGAUACCAAGAGAAAAUUUGAUUACAACAUGAUUCCUUUCAAAAAAGUUGAAUCCUUGCGAACCUUUCUUGAACUUAAACCAACCUACAAAAGUUCAGAUGUGUUGCUAUCGAUCAUUUCUCUCCGAGCUUUACGUUCAGGUUCUUAUCAACUCUCGUCAUUGAAGAAUUUAAUACAUUUGAGGUACUUGGAACUUUACAGAAGUGGCAUCACAACCUUGCCUGCGUCUGUUUGUAAACUGCAUAAACUGCAAACACUUAAACUUGAAUAUUGCUCUUAUUUCUCUAGUUUUCCCGAACAAUUCAACAAAUUGCAGGACCUUCGACAUCUCAUGAUUAAAGAUUGUCAAUCAUUGAAAUCAAGUCCUUUUAGAAUUGGGGAGUUAACUAGUCUGAAAACAUUGACCAAUUUCAUAGUUGAUUCAAAAACUGGUUAUGGUUUAGCAGAGCUACAAAACUUACAAUUAGGAGGCAAGCUACACAUCAAAGGCCUUCAGAAUGUGUCGAAAGAAGAGGAUGCUAAAAAAGCUAAUUUGAAUGGCAAGAAGGACUUAAAUAGCUUAUAUUUGUCAUGGGGUGAUGAAGCUAAUUCAAAAGUUGGCGGUGUUGAUGCUGAGCGAGUACUGGAAGCUCUUGAGUCCCAUUCAGGACUUAAGCAUUUUGGGGUGAAUGGUUAUGGUGGAACAAAUUUUCCUCAUUGGAUGAAAAUUACUUCUUUUCUGAAUGGUCUAGUUAGUAUUAUUCUUUAUGACUGUAAAAAUUGCAGGCAGCUUCCUCCAUUUGGUAAAUUACCAUGCUUAACUGCUCUUUCUCUAUCUGGAUUGAACGAUAUAAAGUACAUUGAUGAUGAUUUGUAUGAAUCUGCGACUGACAAGGCGUUUACAUCAUUGAAGAAAUUGACUUUGUGCAACUUACCAAAUUUAGAGAGGGUGUUAAAAGUCAAAGGAGUAGAGAUGCUAACACAACUUUUAAAGUUAAAUAUAAGAAAUGUCCCCAAACUUACAUUGCCACCCAUUCCAUCUGUCGAGUCACUUUUUGUUCAAGGAGGAAAUGAAGAGUUAAUGAAGUCCAUUAUUUACAACAAUUGCAGUGAAGAAGUAGCUUCUUCCUCUUCGAGGGGAAUUGCGGGUAAUUAUAUGUAUAAUCUUAAGUCACUUUUCAUAUUGAAUAUCCGCAAACUCAAGGAGUUACCUGUUGAACUCGGUACUCUUGGUGCUUUAGAAUUUCUUAGAAUUGUUGGAUUUGAUGAAUUGGAGUCAUUUUCGGAGCACUUGUUGCAAGGAUUGAGUUCUCUUCGAACUUUGUCCGUUGAUUCAUGUCCUAGAUUUAAAUCCAUAUCCGAGGGUAUCAGACACCUAACUUGUCUCGAGACUCUUAAAAUCAUUAGCUGUCCACAAUUCGUUUUUCCACAUAACAUGAACAGUCUAACUUCCCUUCGUCAACUGGAAGUUUGGGAGGAUAAUGAAAACAUAAUAGACGGCUUACAAACAUCCUUCUCAAGCAUCCCCUCAUUGCAAAAGUUGUCUCUGGCCUAUUUUCCUUCAGUAACAUCCUUGCCAGACUGGUUGGGUGCCAUGACUUCUCUUCAGACAUUAGAAAUUUUUAACUUUCCAAAGUUAAGUUCACUGCCAGACAACUUUCAGCAACUCCGGAACUUGCAAAUGAUACGUUUUGAUGAUUGCCCUAAGUUGGAGAAGAGAUUGAAGAUAGGAAAAGGUGAAGAUUGGCAUAAAAUAGCUCACAUUCCUGAAUUUAGAUUGAAUUUCAAAUUGCAAUUGCAAUCUGAUGCAAAACCAACAAUUUGUGAGAAUAUUAAAUCAGCAUGGAAUUGGGGGAAGCGAUUCUUGCACCGCCCAGCUCAAUGGGUAAACCAAGAUGAAUUUGAAAUGAUGAUUGCAGAUAUAAAUGAGUAAUAGUAUUUAUUUAUUUAAUAAUAAUAAUCGUGCAUCCCUUCUUAUUAAAGGAAUGCCUGCUCUGUUUAGUAGAAAACGUUUCUUGAGCUCUGUUUGGCGAAUUACACUUUCAACAAUUCCAACAUAGUGGUUUGUGUAAUUUUGGUUCCCUGGUAGGCUGAGAUGCUGUUAUAAUGUCCAAAGUGUUCAAGUUGGUUUUGAAGUUGUUCGUAGUUUGCUGUAUGUUCCACAUUGCAUGAUUGAAACUAUAUUGAACAUUUAUGUGGAUUUAUUUUUUGUCGAGGACUAAAUUGGCCAAAUGAAAGAUUGUGAGGAAACUAGUUGGAUUUUCACUCAUAAAAUUAUUAUGAAUGAACCUUUUAAAAAGAAUAUUAUAGUAAUCGUUUUUGAGUGAAUAAAUUAUCAACUUUUAAAUA